CGCCCGGCCCAGGACACCCCCGGUGGGGCCGAGGCCGCGCCUCCUCCCGGAACUGGCCGGCGCGGCGUGGCGCCGCGGGAGGAACGGCGGGAGGAGCGGCGGGAGCCAUGGAGGUCCUGCCCGCCGGCGGGGGCCGGACGGGGCUCCCGCAGCCUGAGGUGAGGCUGGAGGACGCGGGCCCCAGAGCGCCCCUGGUUGUAAACCUGCGAGGGGCGCCCCCGGCGGAGCGAGCGCGGGGCUCCCGGGACUCCUGGGAAGGCGAGGAGGACCCGGAGCCCGGCGAGCCCCGGGGCAGCUGCACGGCGUCCCUGGUGAGCGGGUUGCUCACCGAGCUGUACAGCUGCACGGAGGAGGAGGAGGCGGCCGGCGGGGGCCGCGGGCCCUGGGGCCGCCAGCGGCGCCGAGACAGCCUCGACAGCUCCACGGAGGCCUCGGGCUCCGACGUGUUCGUGGGCGGCCGCGGCGGCGCCGGCGACUCCCGUGUGCUACAGGAGCUGCAGGAGCGGCCGAGUCAGCGGCACCAGAUGCAGUACCUGUGGCAGAAAGACACAAAUGAACUGAAGAUGAUCCUUCGAGAGCUAAAGUACAGGAUUGGCAUUCAAUCGGCGAAAUUACUUCGGCAGCUGAAGCAGAAAGAUAGGCUUGUGCACAAAGUACAGAGGAACUGCGAUGUUGUGACGGCGUGCCUGCAGGCUGUGUCUCAGAAGAGAAGAGUUGACACAAAGUUGAAGUUCACUCUUGAGCCAUCUUUAGGUCAAAAUGGUUUUCAGCAGUGGUAUGAUGCGCUCAAAGCGGUUGCCAGACUAUCGACCGGAAUACCAAAGGAAUGGAGGAGAAAGGUUUGGUUGACCUUGGCAGAUCAUUAUUUGCACAGUAUAGCCAUUGAUUGGGACAAAACCAUGCGCUUCACUUUCAAUGAAAGGAGUAAUCCUGAUGAUGACUCGAUGGGAAUUCAGAUAGUCAAGGAUCUUCACCGCACAGGCUGCAGUUCUUACUGUGGCCAGGAGGCUGAGCAGGACAGGGUUGUGUUGAAGCGGGUUCUGCUGGCCUAUGCCCGAUGGAACAAGAAUGUCGGGUACUGCCAAGGCUUUAACAUCCUGGCUGCACUAAUUCUGGAAGUGAUGGAAGGCAACGAAGGCGAUGCUCUGAAAAUUAUGAUUUACCUUAUUGACAAGGUACUUCCUGAAAGCUAUUUUGUCAACAAUCUCCGGGCACUGUCUGUGGAUAUGGCCGUCUUCCGAGACCUCUUGAGACUGAAGCUCCCUGAGUUAUCUCAGCACCUGGAUACUCUUCAGAAAACUGCAAACAAGGAAAGUGGAGGUGGAUAUGAGCCCCCACUUACGAAUGUCUUCACGAUGCAGUGGUUUCUGACUCUCUUCGCUACGUGCCUCCCUAACCAUACGGUUUUAAAGAUUUGGGAUUCAGUCUUCUUUGAAGGUUCGGAAAUCAUCCUAAGGGUGUCGCUGGCUAUCUGGGCAAAACUGGGAGAGCAGAUAGAAUGUUGUGAAACAGCAGAUGAAUUCUAUAGCACCAUGGGGCGCCUUACCCAGGAGAUGCUGGAGAAUGAUCUCCUGGAAAGCCAUGAACUCAUGCAGACUGUGUACUCUAUGGCUCCAUUCCCCUUUCCACAGCUGGCAGAGCUGAGGGAAAAAUACACCUACAACAUUACACCAUUCCCAGCCACAAUUAAGCCCACCUCAGUUUCUGGACGACGUGGUAAGGUCAGAGACAGCGAUGAAGAGAAUGACCCAGAUGAUGAAGAUGCUAUUGCUAAUGCAGUGGGGUGUCUCGGACCUUUUAGUGGGCUCCUGGCACCUGAACUGCAGAAGUACCAAAAGCAAGUUAAAGAACCAAAUGGGGACCAGAAUCUGAGAUCCAAUAACAUUGCGGAGCUGAGUCCAGGAGCGAUCAACUCCUGCCGAAGUGAAUACCAUGCAGCUUUUAACAGUAUGAUGAUGGAACGUAUGACCACAGAUAUCAACGCGCUGAAGCAGCAAUAUUCUCGGAUUAAAAAGAAGCAGCAGCAGCAGGUUCAUCAGGUGUAUAUCAGGGCAGACAAAGGGCCAGUGACCAGCAUUCUCCCAUCUCAGGUAAACAACUCUCCAGUUAUAAACCACCUUCUUUUAGGAAAGAAGAUGAAAAUGUCAAACAGAGCUGCCAAGAAUGCCGUCAUCCACAUCCCUGGUCACACAGGAGGCAAAGUAUCUCCCGUCCCCUAUGAAGACCUCAGGACCAAGCUCAAUUCUCCAUGGCGAACUCACAUCCGGGUCCACAAAAAGAACACGGCGAGGACCAAGAGUCAGCUGGGCUGUGGGGACACCGUCGGGCUGAUAGACGAGCAGAACGAGGGCUGCAAGACUCACAGUCUGGGGGCAGUGCAGGCAUUUUCCUCCGAUUGUGCGGGGGCAGCUCAAAGGGAAGGUGGCAGCUCUGACGGCGGCACUGGGAGGACCAUCGAAGGGCAGUCUCCAGAGCCACUGUUUGGGGAUGCUGAUGCCGACGUGUCUGUGGUCCAGGUGAAGUUAGAAGCCUUGGAACUGAACGCAAGGGAUGCUGCUGCUGAAACUGAUCCCAAGGUGCACCUGCCCUGCCAGCAGCACCUCCCGGAGCCGCCAGACACACCUGGAGGAAACAAGGCCCCUGGCAAGUCUCCCCAAGGCAGCCACCCGAAAACUCCCAUCUUUAGCCCCUUUCCCAGCGUCAAGCCACUGCGGAAGUCAGCCACUGCCAGGAAUUUGGGAUUAUAUGGUCCUACAGAAAGAACCCCAACCGUGCACUUUCCUUACAUGAGCAGGAGCUUCAGCAAGUCCAGCGGUGGAAACAGUAGUACUAAGAAACGGUGACAUCUUUCAGCAACUAUGUAUCCACAUUCACCUCUUUACGGUGGCAGAAGGGUUCCAGCUGGAUGGCUCCAAGAGAGCUUCAGUUGUCCAUUGAAAACGAAGAGAUAGGUUCAGAGAUGAGCAACGGUUCAUAAAAAUGGAAACUGGAAAUUUUAUAAUGGGUGCUAGAAUAGGGAUGUCUUCAGAUCAUCGAGACAGUGGGUUCUUGUGGCAAAAUAAAUAUUGUGGUUUUAAAGUGUGAAGUUUUCCCAACUUUUCAUUGUGAGCUGUUUAGAAAAGACUUUGUAUCUAGGCUGUUAACCCCUCUUCCUUCCUUCUGUUCUGAGGGCCUUCAGGGUGCCUGUGACAACCCCCCCCACCCAACCUUCCAGUUCUCUGGGUGUUAUUAAUACUCAAGCAUGCACACACUAGCUUGCUAGAACAGAAACUGUAAAAAGAAAGUAAGUUCCUUAGUUGCAAAGAACUUCCCAAUUUCCCUCUUCGUGCCCCCCUGGGGAGAAUGUUUGUACGUGUGAGUUUUCCUUCAGUAGUUUCUUUCAGCCGGUCUCAAAACUGGGUUUUAUUCUCGUGCUAAAAUGCAGGAGAAAAAUCUAGAUAGCCUUUCUUUCACUUUCUAUUUCUACCCGCAAAAGGAAGAAAACCUUUAUCUGUUGAAAUGUAGCUUGAUCAUCAGCUGGAAGAUCUUAUGAAGAGGACACAAAUGGGUUAUGCCUUAAGCAAUUGCUCUCAACAGCUUGCUGACUCCACUGAGCUUUCCUCGAGCUUCGUGUUCGCUUCUUAAGCAGAGUUUUGGUCCUCGUUGGUGGGAUGAUCCAUGGGCUCUAUACAGAGCUUGUCUGGCCUCCACCAUGCAGCUCAUUUACCUAUCACUUCUCCACUGCAGAUGCGAGGAGCCUCUGCUCAAAAGCCGGAACAUGGCACCUGCAACUCUGUUACUUGAAUUUUGUGCUUUUUUUAAUGGGUGGGAGUACUUUGUUGAGUACUUUCUUACUUGAACACUGCCUUUCCCUGGAGAAGGCCCCAGUGCUUUCUAGCUCUGUCUCGCCCAUUCCUCCCCAGAGACAGCACCUGUUAUCUCCACCAUGCAGAUGGGAACUCUGAGCCACACAGAGGUGAAGUAGUACUUCAGAUACUCAAGGUAAAUACUCCCGAUACUCAGUGUGACUCAGCCACAUUGCCUCCAGUGCAGUAGGUGGGUUUUAUGCUCCGUGUACCCAGGUGCAUUGGCUACAUAGGUUCUAGAAACCAAGACUGGGAAGCUAUUCACUGCACUCCCUCCUGACUCAAAGGACCUUUCUCCAGAUGGUACAGAGUCCUGAGAUGGCAUUUCAUAAAACCAGCUUUGACCUUCUUAUCCGAAAACAUAGUUCAUUUAAAAAAUGCUUCAUGCAGCUGUCAUUUUGGCUGGACAAAAGGCUCACUCCUCAAUCCCCUUCUCCCACCAACGUUAGAAGAUAGACUUGGCAUUUUUAUCCUCGUUCCCUGGAAGACCUUGGCUAGGCUUGCCGGCAUUUUGAUGAGGCAGUCAGUAUUCAUUGGAGCUAAUUGGAUUGUUAAUUCUGAAACCAAAGCUAUAGUUUUAGAAAGAGUUUUUACUAUGAGAGGCACUAAUUUUUAUAAUAAAACAGAGAAUGUGGUUGUGUGGGCUUUUUUGCACAGAAAACACAAGAAUGAUAUAUACAAUGAGAAAAGUUAUCCCUUUUGUGGUAUUUUUACCCUCCAAAGAACUGAAGAUGGAGAAUAUGACUAAUAAGUUAUUGCAGUUUUGGUCUUGCAGGAGAAUUCUGUGCCAUCUGAAGUUAGCAUGCAGCUUCUUAAAAAGCAGCCGCUCCCACAGCCUGUGUCUUGGGAAGGGUGUAGGUGGAGAGUCAGGAUUACUUUGCAUACCACCCCCAGGACGAGACCCACUGCAUUUUCCAAAGUUAGGGCAGUGAUACGAUUUUCUUCCAUCUGCUGAACUUUACAUUCCACCUUGUAUUCUUUCCUCCUCCCCCUUCCCAAGUGAGUCAGAAUAGUCAUUUCCCCUUGAGGGAUGUCUGACUUGAAUAGAGAAUUUUUCUUUCCUCUCUUGAGUCAGCUCCCAGCUCCCGGAGGGUCUGGGUCUGGGGAGGUGGUUGAGGCGGUGGAGGGCACUUACUGCAGUUCUUAGGCGUGUACCAUCGCUGUCUGCCACCUGUCUUAGGGUUAGUAGCACAUGCUGUAUCUGUUUCCUGGGGUUGGUCUUCCUGAGAAAAGAAUGGAUGUGACGGCACACGGCUUGGGAUAAGUAUUUGUUGAAUGAAUGAAUAAACUACUGAAAGGAAAAUAGUCCUUUGAGGUAAAAAUGACCUCAUCAGGAUUUCCAAACCUGACAGAUUCCUGUCAAAGCACUCUGUCCUGUUAAAGUGCAUGCGUUGUACCAUGUAAUCACCAUGUGUAUCGGUCAACUUGUGAGCUUUGCCUACUUUAGAAAAUAAAGGAUCUGCAGUAGCCUGUAGCACACAGCAUGUACGAAGAGACCAGUAUGGACUUUUAUCUUCUUUGUAUUGGACACUGUAUGCCAACACCAGUACUUACCAAGUAGCGGUUUCUUCAUUUUUAGAUAUGUCUGUACCCCGUCAGCACUUAGGCCGGAGCCGACUCCUCAUGUCUCUGCACCUCGGUUCUCUUACAAAAGCCUCCAGAUACUUUAAACCUAGUUUGUAAUGUCAACCUAUGGGGCUGUAACUGUUUGGAAUAUUGUAUUCCCUUUUUCAGUCUCUCUUGUUCUGAAGAACUGUACUGAUUACAAAGAUAUAUGCAUAAAGAUUCUCAUUAUUGUAGCUAUUGUGACGUUGUUUUUCUGAGCGCCUGCAUAGAACGCUGUUGUGACUUUCCCCACCCCCUUCUCUUACCCUGUCAACUUUACCCCACCUUGGUCACGUGAACCAAGAGAACAGCCCAAUAAACUCCAUCUCCGCCAGUCUAAUCACUGGGUUGCUGGGUGGCCUAUGACCUGCCAAGAACUUGGCAAAAUGGCGAGUUCCCGAAUAUGAGUAAAAGAGAGUUUAUUCAGGAAUGUGUGUGUGUGUGUGUGGAAGUAUGUGUGUGUAUAAAAAUAACCUGUGGAUCUGUCAUUUUUCUUUGUUUUAAUAAAAUAGAACAAUAAGAAUGCCA